CGUCUAGUCCCUGGCUCACAGGCAUCCCCGAGCACGCGCACGAGCUCCACCGCUCCCAACCGCGGCAACGGCCGCCGCACCGCCAGCGCCGCCGCCCCAGCCGCAGCUCCGCCCCCCGCCGGCGCCAAUCCGCGAGCAACGCCGCCGCCGGAGACCAUGAGCUCCGCUCAUUCUAAGCUCUACUCCGAUGAUGUCAGCCUCGUCGUGAUCGUCGUCGACACGAACCCCUUCUUCUGGGCAGCCGCCGCGCUCCCCUUCGCCGACUUCUUCGCGAACCUGGUCCACUUCGUGAACUCGCUCCUGCUGCUGAACCACCUCAACCGUGUGGUCGUCAUUGCCGCGGGAGUCAGCUCCUGCUCCUACAUCUUUGAUUCCAGCGAUGCCAGCGCUGCUGGUGGUGUAGGCGUCACGGCCACCUUUGACAAGGCAAGCCGCAAGGUGGAGGAGUUCAUUGCACAAGAUGCCCGUGCCACUGCAGGCAACGGUUCUGUUGUUUCUGGCAAUGCUGCGUCGCUGCUGUCUGGGGCGCUGUCCCUUGCUUUGUGUUAUAUACAGAGGAUUUUCCGGUCUGGGACUCGACAUCCACAACCUCGGAUUCUGUGCCUGCAGGGUUCUCCAGAUGGUCCUGAACAAUAUGUGGCAGUGAUGAAUUCAAUAUUUUCUGCUCAACGCUCCAUGGUUCCGAUUGAUUCAUGUAUUGUGGGAACACAGGAUUCUGCUUUCUUGCAACAGGCUUCAUACAUAACAGGAGGAGUUUAUUUGAAGCCCCAAGAGCUAAAUGGGCUGUUUCAGUAUCUUGCUGUUGUAUUUGCAACUGAUUUGCACUCAAGAACAUUUUUGCGCCUUCCUAAGACCCUUGGAGUGGAUUUUCGUGCUUCAUGUUUCUGCCAUAAGAAGACUAUUGACAUGGGAUAUGUCUGUUCAGUUUGUUUGUCAAUAUUCUGCAAGAAUCAGAAGAAGUGUUCAACCUGUGGGUCAGAAUUCAGCCGUGUCAUGCCUGAUUUGAAUUCCAUGCCAGAUCAAAGCAAGUAGUAGUAUGUAAACAGUUAACUGUUGACCAACAUGCUUUGCUCAAAUGUUUCUCUACAGGCUACCUGUGUUUGUGAUUUGCCCAAGACAAGAGCGUGCACCAUGCUUUCCGAAUCUCAUGGGACAGGAUUUGGUGAAAGGCGAUAAGUAAUGCUGCUUACACUAAUGGCAGUGAAAUUUUUGUGAUGCAAAUGAGUUUUGGGGCAAACACACUUUGAUUUUGGACCUAGUUCUCUCAGGGAGCAGAACUGUAAACCUGUGGCUUGAACUUGUGUGUGAUGACUUGUUGUCAAAAAAACGGAAAAAUACUAAUGAAAACAUCAUGGCAUGGUUACCCUUUC